AGCGAGAGACACCGAAGAUAAAAUUAUUAUCGCUAAUAAAAAUAAGACAUGUUUAUUCAGAUAGGUGCAGAAAUGAUACCUUUAUAACAAAAAUAAAUUCGCUCAUACUGUUGCAUUUUGUUUUUAACUUAAAGUCCCGUGUGCGCAAGCGAUUUGUUUUCAGAGGAGCUCCACAGUUCUAUGUCAAGUUAGCUGUGUUGGCUAGUUAGCCUAAUUGAAUCUCAAUCGCUUAUGGAUUUCUAGGAUCAGGACGAAUGUCGUUUGACUGAAAAUCGACUUUACGCGGGAUUGAAUUUGCUACAAAUUGUUCAUGAACCGAUUGGACAACAUCGUUUAUUUUACGUUGGGAAUAUAGCCAUUCCACUGGCCCGGUGACACGGAGAGUGUCGAGUCGGAGUGCCUGACCGUCAUGUAUUUUUUAACUGGCUGGCCCCGGAGGCUACUUUGUCCACUGAAAAGUGAAGAGGAACCGUUUCAUAUUCAACCCAACUCACAGAGGUUUUACUUCGCUGUGUUGUCAGAGACUCAACUAAGCAUCUGGUUUAGUCGGCCCAGUGUUCUGAUAGUGAGCUACAUAGAGUCAGUGAAAGCAGCAGCCCAGUUUGGCUUCUAUCAGCAGGCCGAAUGGAAGCCGGACGAUUCCAUGAUAGCAGUGGCGGCUGCCAAUGGCUACAUCCUCAUGUUUGACGUGGUUGGAGGAGGAGAGGACAAGUAUCUUUAUGAGCCAGUCUAUCCCAAAGGGAGUCCACGUGUCAAGGUCACCCCAGGUUAUAAAGAAGAGCAGUGUGCCCCUGCUCUCAGCCUGGAGAUGAAGAGACCCAUCGAUCUGGAGGCUCCCAUCACCAGUAUUAAGUCUCUUCAGGAGGACUUGUUGGUGUCUACAGCUGAUGGCUACCUCCACAUCCUCCACUGGGACGGAGUCAGCAAUGGCCGGAAGGCGAUCAGUCUCUGCACCGUCCCCUUCUCCCUGGACCUUCAGUCAGCACGCGGUGGUCCGUCUCUGGACCUGGAGGGGCUGCACAUCACAGACAUGGAGUACUGUGUGACUCUGGAUGGCUUUGCUGUGGUGCUUGACGACGGGAGGCUGGGAUUCAUCAGUCCUGUAGCCAGCAGGUUUACUGCAGAACAGCUGCAGGGCGUCUGGGCAGCAGACGUAACAGACGGCACGUGUGUGGCGGUCAACAAUAAGUACAGGCUGAUGGCGUUUGGUUGUGCCAGUGGCUCAGUAUUGGUGUACAUGAUUGACACCACUACAGGAUCCAUGCAGCUCUCCCACAAGCUGGAGCUCACCCCAAAACACUUCCCCGACGUGUGGAACAAGACGGGCGCGGUGACGCUGAUCCGCUGGUCCCCCGACUACAGCGUUGCCAUGGUGACCUGGGAGUGCGGCGGGCUGUCUUUGUGGAGUGUGUUCGGCGCACACCUCAUCUGUACGCUCGGGGAGGACUUUGCGUAUCGGUCAGACGGCACUAAGAAGGAUCCUAUACAGAUCAGCUCUAUGUGCUGGGGAGCGGAAGGCUACCACCUGUGGGUCAUCACCAGUAAAGAGGAAGCAGCGCUUGUGGAGAACAUGGAGGAGGCUCCACCUCCUACCCAGACCAAGCAGGCGGGCAUACUGCAGUUCCACUUCAUCAAAAGCGCCCUGACCGUUAACCCCUGCACGAGUAACCAGGAGCAGGUUUUACUACACGGGGAAGACCGUCUGUACCUGACCUGUGGUGACCCCACCCAGGUCCCAUCCAGCAGCUCAGAUGGCCCUCACACCCCUCACCCCCAUAACCUCGCCCAUGGCCUGGAGGGCAGCCCCCUUCACCACCGCUCCGCCCCCUCGCCCAACGCCAUCUCUCAGGGACUCAGCACUUUACUGGGACACAAGCACUGGCACGUGGUCCAGAUUCACAGCACAUACCUAGAGAGCAAUUGGCCUAUACGGUUUGCAGCCAUAGACACAGCAGGCCAGUGCAUAGCGGUGGCAGGGAGACGUGGAUUUGCACAUUACUCCAUGUCCUCCAGGAAAUGGAAGCUGUUUGGGAACAUCACUCAGGAGCAGAACAUGACCGUGACAGGGGGGCUGGCCUGGUGGAAGGACUUUGUCGUUGUUGCGUGUUACAAUUUCAUCGACCGGCAAGAAGAGCUGCGUCUGUACCUCCGGUCGUCCAACCUGGACAAUGCCUUCGCCUCCGUCACCAAGCUGCACUCUGACACUCUGCUGCUCAACGUGUUCAGAGACCUGAUCGUCCUCUUCAGAGCAGACUGCUCCAUCUGCCUCUACAGCAUCGAGAGGAGGCACGACGGGCCCAACCCGUCAGCCUGUGUUGAGCUGCUUCAGGAGGUGUCCAUGUCCCGCUACAUCCCCCAUCCCGCCCUGGUGGUGUCUGUCACUCUCACCUCGGUACGCACAGAGACCGGCAUGGCGCUUAAAGCCCCACAGCAGGCCUGUAUGGCAGAGAGCAUCAUGCUGAACCUGGCUGGCCAACUCAUCAUGCUACAGAGAGACCGGUCUGGACCACAGGUACGAGAGAAGGAAGACCAGAAGAAACUGCUGCAGUUCUGUCCUCCCGUGGUUCUGGCUCAGUGUGUAGAGAACGUGUGGACGACGUGUCGCAGUAACAAGAAGAAGCGCCACCUGCUGGAGGCUCUGUGGCUGUCCUGUGGCGAGGCCGGAAUGAAGGUGUGGCUGCCCCUGUUCCCGCGGGACCACCGUAAGCCCCACUCGUUCCUGUCCCGGCGCAUCAUGCUCCCCUUCCACAUCAACAUCUACCCCCUGGCCGUGCUGUUUGAAGACGCCCUGGUGCUGGGGGCCUCUAAUGAGACCGUGCUUUACGACGGCCUGCAGGGUCCCAGAGAGGGCCAGGAGCCUCUUGAGGUGAUGUUCCCUUACUGCACGGUGGAGAGGACCUCCCAGAUCUACCUCCACCACAUCCUGCGCCAGCUACUCGUGCGUAACCUGGGAGAGCAGGCUCUGCUCCUGGCCCAGUCCUGCGCAGCGCUCCCCUACUUCCCCCACGUCAUGGAGCUCAUGGUCCACGUGGUGCUGGAGGAGGAGGCCACAUCCCGGGAGCCCAUCCCCGACCCGCUGCUGCCCACGGUGGCCAAGUUCAUCACCGAGUUCCCCCUGUUCCUCCAGACCAUCGUGCACUGCGCCAGGAAGACUGAGUACGCCCUGUGGAACUACCUGUUUGCUGCCGUGGGCAACCCCAAGGAUCUGUUUGAGGAAUGUCUGAUGGCUCAGGACCUGGACACAGCAGCAUCCUAUCUCAUCAUACUGCAGAACAUGGAGGUUCCGGCGGUGAGCCGGCAGCACGCUACACUGCUCUUCAACACGGCUCUGGAGCAGGGCAAGUGGGACCUCUGUCGUCACAUGAUCCGAUUCCUCAAGGCCAUUGGCUCUGGGGAGAUGGAGACCCCGCCUCCAACACCAACCACUCAGGAACCCAGUUCGACGGGAGGCUUCGAGUUCUUCAGGAACCGCAGCAUCAGUCUGUCCCAGUCAGCUGACAGCAUCCCCGCUGGGAAGUUUAACCUACAGAAGACCUUCAGCAUGCCCUCUGGGCCCUCCACUAAAGGGUCUGAGCGAUGGAGUAAGGACAGUGACUGUGCUGAGAACAUGUACAUAGACAUGAUGUUAUGGCGUCACGCCCGACACCUCCUGGAGCAGGUCCGCCUCAAAGACCUAGGCUGUUUCUCCGCCCAGCUGGGCUUCGAGCUGAUUGGCUGGCUGUGCCGCGAGCGCACGCGGGUGGCGCGGGUCGAUGACUUUGUCAUGGCGCUGAAGUGUCUCCACAAGGACUUCCUGUGGCCGUUUCCUGUCAUCCCAGCAUGCUCGAUCAGCUCGCCCUUCAAGAACGGACACCGCAAGACGGUGCUGAGCCAGCGGCUGCUAAAGUCCCAGUCAGCAGACAGCCUGUUGAACAGUGACAUGGACACAGCGCCCCCGCAGGCCUCAGCACGCAACAGCAACCACACCUGGCUGGACGGUCUGGGGGCACUGGGGCCGGAGCCUAAAGAGAUGAACACAACCUCUUCCCACGGGGGGCCACAGACACAGGAGGCCUUCCUCUCUCCGCUCACUAACAAAACGGAGGAGUGCAGUAUCGGUUCGGCCACAGACCUGACAGAAACCAGCAGCAUGGUGGAUGGAGACUGGACCAUGGUGGAUGAGAACUUCUCCACUCUGAGUCUGACCCAGUCUGAGCUGGAACACAUCUCCAUGGAGCUGGCGAACAAGGGGCCUCACAAGUCCCAGGUCCAGCUACGCUACCUGCUGCAUGUGUUCAUGGAGGCGGGCUGUCUGGAGUGGUGUGUUGUGAUUGGUCUGAUCCUGAGAGAGGCCACGGUCAUCAAGCAGGUGGUCAACUUCCUGGACAGCCCAGAGGUUCCUCCUGAGACAGUCCAAAGUAUCCGCUCCGGCCUGCUGGGAGUCGAUGCGUGGGCCUCCGCAGACUGCCUGGGCUAUAAACCCUUCCUGAAACUGAUCCGGCCCCAGCUGCAGAAGCUGAUAGAGACUGCUGUGGAGCAGGUCCAGCCUGAAGCCUUCCAGCCAGGGGCUUCCAACCCCAACUCCAAGCUGACUGAGCCCCAGCCCGGGUGCCCCAGGGCGGAGGACAGUAGAGGGCCUGCUCCCUUGUGCCUGGCCCUGCCCUUGGAGCCCUCUGGAGGGUUAGUGACAGAGGACGGAGGGGCUCCAGAGGAGCAGGAGGAGCAGGCGGCAGACGAGGGGGCGUAUGACUGCACCCUGUCCUGACGUGCCCUGUCCUGACCUGGGUCGUGUUCAUUAGCCACCAAAACGGAAGAAAAUGGGCUGAAACAGGGAGGGACUACAUAAACUGUUUUUUUGCCACGGUGUGUGUGCCCUAAUGACUACAGCCCUGUCCUAACCUCUGACCUUGCUGGGCAGGUGAAGGGGUGUGGUGCGGGUGUGUGAUGGGACACAGGAUGAGGAGGAGGAAGGGGUCCUCAGACUGAAUACUCUGCAUUGUGGGUCUAGAACCAGUUUGUUGGCUGAUGUGGACCCAGAUAUGUUACAUCGACCAUGUGUGUGUGUGUGUGUGUGUGUGUGUGUGUGUGUGUGUGUGUGUGUGUGUGUGUGUGUGUGUGUGUGUGUGUGUGUGUGUGUGUGUGUGUGUGUGUGUGUGAGUAUAUGCUUGUUUAUGUGAGGCUUUUGUGUGUUACCAUACUUUGGGUGUAAAACACAAGGAAGCUCUCUAUUUUGUUUCUCUCCUGUCCGCAUACUCACCCAUCCCAGUGCUGGAACAGGGUCUGAGUGAGCGGAGUGGACUGGGCUGCUCCUGUGGUUGAGUGUCAGUAUUAUUCACUUGAUUACGGACUUGAGUCACUGCAAACGACGCUUGCCAGGCCACAGCCAAUUCAUAGCACCCAAACAAAAACAAAGGCUUACCUAAGAUAUCCAUACUGUACGACAGGUGGCUCAAACCUCUACAUUUAUUCUACUAUUUGAUCACAGACCAAGUUUUUGCGGAUGAUGAGUUUGGGCUUGUCGGGCUUUAUUCUGGAAUUAAGCGUACGAGCACAAGGCAGACAGUUUGUUGCAAUUUAGCUUUUUACCAAAAUGUGCUUUUCAGAUCAGAGAAUUGCUCGCUGUCCGUGUCGUGUGCUCGGCUAGGCUUCGGUGUCCGUCUAGAUAUAAAUGUGUACUGCUCGGCUGGCUUUUCUGUGUGACUUGAGCGGAUUCCCAGUCAGAUCACCGCGACGACUUGUAUAGGGUGAGCACAAUGAACAAAAAGCGUCCGUGAUGUUCUCCCCGACAGACCUGUCACACAUGAACCUUUAUUGGCAGCCAUUCCACAGAACUGAACAGUUAAACCUUUAUAUAUAUUUUUCACAGUUUGCACAAACGUCUAUUGUACCUUUUGUCGCGGAGUUAAGUUCAAGUAUAACUUUGGUACUUUUGGCAAGAAACCGCCCCUGAAACCAGUCAACUGUGUGCCGGGACAUUUUACGAGAUGCAUGCAUUGUGCAAGGGGAGGUGUCUCAUAUUUUCAUACCUCAUAGUGUACAGUGGAUUUUAAGAUUAUUUUCUGAUACCUUUGUCAAUAAUGUGGUGGUCUUCUUUAGGAAAUGAUGUCCCCUUAUUCCGAUGCUAGACUGUGGCGUGAGAAUAUUCUUGGUCAAGAGCGAAGGCGUGUCUGUGUGUGCGACGAUGACUUGGAUUGGUCAUGUAUGUUGUUGACGAGGGCCUGAUGAGCCCUCAACCGGGGGCGGCAGGUAGCCCCGAGGUCAGAGCGUUGGGCCAGUAAGCGAAAGGUUGCUGGUUUGAAUACCGGAAACCGACAAGGUGAUAAAAAAAUAUCUGUUGCCGUGUCCUUGAGUAAGGCCCUUAACCCUAAUUGCUCCUGUUGCGCUGUACGACGGUGACCCUGGCUGUGACCCCACUCCCUGCGGGACACCCGAGAGGAGUUCGGAUAUGCCAACACAAAACCAUUUCCAUGAAACAAAACGUGUGCAACAGAACAAAUAUAAGCACCCCUCAAAUGAAUUCAACCAAACCGUGACUGACUCCUGAAGGGAGAAUCUAACCAUAUCUGAGGACAAACCAAAUGAUUAUGAUGAUCCUGACCUGCAUCUUCACACACAUACUUGGCUCGAGAAUUGAAACAUUACUGCUCAGUUAAUUGGCUUCGGUCCUGUGGAGGAUCCAAUGGGAAGCAAACCAUAGGAGAAACAGAACUAUGUUCAUUCACUUUAUAUUGAUAUGCCAGAGUUCACUUUUAUUCGCCCCUUUUGUAAAGACAAAAAAAACUAUUGUGUUAACCUAACGUCGUAUAUCGUUAUCGUUAUCGUUUUUAAGGUAGGAUUGUGUUUUAUCUCCUAUCGGUGAUUUUUGUCUUGCCUUGGGAAUUGCUGUGGAGUUGAAGAGGUCCUGGACUCUUUAAUGUAUUCAGAAUGAAUAUUCCCAUAGUUUCUAUAAGGACGUAGGUCUAUAAUGUCUCGGUCGUUAUCACCGUGGUAACAUACCAAAACCUUGGUCGCAAGCGGUGAUACUGAUAACAAUGACUUUAAGAGAAUCUCCAACACCGAAGCGGCUGCGUGUGUACGAUGUAACUGCAAAGACCAAGUGGUAUUGCAUCUGUUAAUGAUUCUAUAUUGUUGACUAAGUACAGUAUCCUCACAUGGAAUCGAGCUUUUAUGAGGCCGAGUGUUAUUCUUAUUUAUUGGUUGUGUUGUUAUUACUAUUCGAAAUAGUCAUUUUUAUUCUUCAAAAUGUUUUUAUUUUUGGCUAUAUCAAAGCAGCUAAUCAAGAGCUAUUUAAUUGCUUUUGCCUCAACAUACUGUAGUCAUCUGAGUCUUUAGACCCAGGCCCAUAUCCCACUGCCUGACCCGAAAAGAGCUCUCCACCUAAAACUGGGCGUCGGUUCGUCACGCGUCUCAGAGUAGGAGUGCUAGGUUCCGUUUUGCUUUUCAGAUCAUAAUGUAUACGAUUACAUGGACAAGGCGGAUCCGAGUUGAAUCUGGUGUGUUUGUCCGGCGCUACAGCAAAAAAUGUGUGCUGUUCGGGGUACUCGAGGAGUUGAGGAACGCUGGUAUCAAAUCUUAUUUGUCACAUGUGCCGAAUACAACAGGUGUGGACCUUACAGUGAAAUGCUUACUUACAAGCCCUUAACCAACAAUGCAGUUUUAAG